UUUUCGGGAUUUCCGGUUUCUUGUCUUUACUUGUUGUUUUUGAACAAAAAUGUAAGUAGCGUUACAACAAAAUUGGCACAUUUUUCUGUUCCCUCUGUCUUCUUUUUUCAUCUGCUUGCAUCCUUUUGCAGUUUUAAUUAAAUUGUGCUACACUGGAAUAUAGAAUAUCAUCGACACACAUCUUUUAAUUCCAGUGAAAAAAUUUCAAAAUGUCACAAACGGAAAGCGAUUAUAGUGAUGACGAGGAAAAAGUUGAAGUUCUUGAUGAGCGUUUCGUGAAAUUUUCCAAAGCAGUCGAUGAUAAAGAUAAAAAUCUCAUUUCUUCGUUAAUAAAACAAGAGGAGGGAAUUCUUCAGAUACAAUUUCAUUCCGAUUGUACAACAUUUUUACACGUCGUUGCUCAACGAGGUACAGUGGAUGAUGUCAAAUUAUUAUGCGAAUCCGGCGCUAAAGUUAAUCUAAGAAAUAAAAAUGGCGAGACACCAAUUUUUUAUGCGAUAAAAAAUCAUGAUAUUGGACUAGUUAAAACGCUCAUUGAACAUGGUUCUAAUUUAAAUAUCAUCUCAUCUCAAAAUGUCACGCCACUUCAUCUCGCAUUACUUCACGGUUCCGAGGCAACUCUUCGUUUAAUUGUGAAAAAAAUUCUUCUCUCCACUGUUGAAAAUGGGGAGAAAUCGUCGAAGAAGGAAGAAGGCGUCGAGAAUGGAGAAAAAUUGGAAAGUGCGAAAAAAGAGGAAGAUGACGAGUCAAUGGAGGAAUCUGCUUCAGAAGAUGAUUCAAUGAUGAUGUCAUCAGAUUGUGAGAAUUCGUCGGAUUAUGAAGAUGUUUCAGACGAGGAGAGUGAAGAUCCGGAAGUGAGUUCGGAUCCCGAAGAUUCGGAAACAGUGGAGAAUUUAGAAACUACAAUCGGAGUAAUUAAGACACUUCUGAAGAACAAGGAAUUAUUUAAGUUGAAUAAAAACGAUUAUCCCCUGUUGAUGUUUUUUGCUUCGAGAAUUCAAUGCGGUAGUAUUUUGGAUGUAAUUUUACGUGAUUGUCGAAAGUUUCUAAAGUCAAUGACGCCAGAGGAGAGGAAAUUGGAGCGUUCGAAUACAAGAAAGGCGAAUUCGGAUUACUACUCGGAAGGCGGUUGUAAUGUCCGUUACAAACCGCAUUCACCAGAAGAUAUCAAUUUCCAGGGUUACUUCGAUAGAACCGCUCUACAUUAUGCGGUGAGGGCGGAAAUUACAUUAGCUGUUAAAUUUCUCCUUGAACAUGGUGCCGAUGUGAAUGCAAAGACCUGCGAGAAACUAACACCCCUGCAUUACGCGGCUUGUUUGGAAAAUAUCAAUCUCUGUCAUUUACUCCUCGCCUACAAUGCUUUUGUUAAUUGCAACUAUUGCUGUCAGGGUAAUCCUCUUUAUCACGUCUGUGGACCGAGUACGACCAAAGUACUUUUAAAAUCAACCGAAAGUUACUAUUACGACGAAUUCUUUGACGAGUACACGGAUCGUCUCGGUAAAGAUAUCGAUGUUCAGCCGACGUUUAAUCCACAAAUAAUGACUCUGAUGCUCAAGAAUGGCGCGCAUCCAGAUAAUCGCGGUGAGAAUGGUGCAUCGGCAUUUCAUGAGGCUUGUCAAAUGGGACGUUUUAGGGAAGUGAAAUUACUACUCAAGUAUGAUGUCUAUUUGGAGGGGGUCGAUAUGGAUGGUAAUACGGCACUCCAUCAUGCCGCUAAAGGUCAUUCAAUGAAGAUGUGCGAAUUCCUCGUGAAGAAGGGUUUGAAAAUUGAUGUCGCGAGAGAGGAUGGCAAAACACCUUUGAUGAGUGCGAUUACCUACAAGGAGAAUCUCACCCCAUGUUUGGAGACAAUAGAGUAUCUUGUCGAUCACGGAGCGAAUGUUAAUGCGAAGGAAAGAUUUAGCGGAAGUAUAUUGAAAACUGCCGUUAGCGAUGUUGAGCCUCCUGUUAUUGAAUGUUUAUUAGAAUUGGGAGCGAAUAUUGAGUAUUUAUUUGAAAUUAGCGAGAGUUAUUUUAACAGUUACGGUGUGUUUCGUUUUCACGAUAAUCAUCAAUUUUUGAUUUCUUACAUUGCCCUGAAGGGAAAAGAUUUGACUGAUUAUUUACAGUCGUACAUUAAACACGACAAUUCGAAUGUGAAAAAAGCUUUUAAUUAUUUCGAAAAGGCUAAAGUCGAAAUGGAAAAAUUACGAUCUAUGAGAAUUUUAAAAACGACCAGUAUUACUUUCUACGAGUUUUUAACUUCCGAUUUUUAUAAUACAGUCCAGAGUAUCAAGAAUGGACGGGUUGUCAAGAUUUUAAAUGCCGGUGAUUAUAAAACGGAAUUUCCGUGUUUUAACAUUAUGUUGGAGUGUCGUUUCCAACGGGCGAAGGCUUUAAAAAAAUUUGUCAAUCAAACCUACGAUUAUUUUUCCAAGAAUCGAAAAUUAUCGUCCGAUGUUGUUAAGUUGAUUUUCAAAAAUCUUGGUUCGAAGGAAUUUCGUAUUUUUGGCAGAGCUUUAAAUAAGAAAUAAGUUUUAGACAUUCUUAACUAGAGUAUUUUUUAUAUUUUUGAAAAGUUUCAAAAACUUUUCUUUGUGACUUAUUUUGUGUUCGUGGAAUUUGAAAAAUAUUCCAAAAAUUGUUUUGUUUCUGUAAAAGAAUUGUGUGAAAUUUUUAAAAUCGAAAAUUUUUUUGUAUCUAUUUUGUAAUAAAAAUUGUUCUUAAUGAAAAA